AUGGAUGGAUAUAAUAAAGAGAGUGAGGAGUAUGGUGCUUGUCCACCACUUUUUCCUGAAGAAUUGACGACUGGCGUGAAGGAAAUGGUUGUGAAGGAAAACACGAAAUUUGACAAUAUUUUCAAUUAUGUCAACAAAAUUUUUGCGGAUGCGGAAUGUAGAAGAAUAAUUUUCAGCGGAAUAGGGGAAGCAUCUGCAAAAUGUAUUUCAUGUGUUGAGGUGUACAAAAGGAAUUAUAAGGAUGGAAAGCUGUAUCAGUGGAAUAAAGUUGUAUUUAGGCAGAGGACAGAUACUUGGAAGCCAGUGGUGCCGAAUAUGCGUGUAUUGCUAACAUUUGUUGAUCUUCCAAGUAUUUAUAUUUUAAUUUCGAAAGAUCCUUUUCCAGAGCAAUAUAUAAAUGAAAGCUGUCAAAGUUCUAUCGAAAUACGUCAAGCAGAACUUCUAUCUCAGGAUUCUAAGUCCGAAGUACUUCAGUUUAGGUCACGGCAGCGAAAACGUAAACUUUUGCGUCUUUUGGAGCCAAACAGAUGGAAUAGGCCACUUAAAAAAGUAUCAAAAUUGCUAAAGAAAGACUAG